AUGGAACCAGAAAAUAACACACAAAUUUAUAAAAUCUUUCUUCUGGGAAUUUCAGAGGACUCCAAUUUACAACCCUUCAUCUUUGGACUAUUCCUGUUCAUGUACCUGGUCACUGUGCUUGGAAACUUGGUCAUCAUUCUGGUCACAAUCUCAGACACCCAACUUCACACACCCAUGUACUUCUUCCUCUCCAACCUAUCUUUUGCAGACAUUGGCUUCACCUCUACCAGCAUCCCGAAGAUGCUGGUGAAUAUUCAGAUACAAAGCAGGGUCAUCACCUCUGGAGGCUGCAUCACACAGGUAUACUUUUUCACACUCUUUGGAGUUUUGGACAGCUUGGUUUUGACUGUGAUGGCUUAUGACCGCUUUGUGGCCAUCUGUCACCCUCUGCAUUAUAUGGUCAUCAUGAACCUAAGGUUCUGUGGAUUGCUGGUGCUGGGGUCCUGGGUAACAGCUGCCUUAUACUCUUUGUUACAAAGCUUAAUGACAACAAGGCUGUCAUUUUGCACAGACUUGAAAAUCCCACAUUUUUUAUGUGAGUUUAAUCAAUUGAUACUACUUGCAUGUUCUGACACAUUUGCUAAUGCUAUGGUGAUGUAUUUUGCAGCUGUGCUUCUGGGUGCUGGUCCCUUUGUUGGUAUUCUUUACUCAUAUGUGAAAAUAGUUUCCUCCAUUAAUACAAUCUCAUCAGCUCAGGGGAGGUAUAAAGCAUUUUCCACAUGUACAUCUCACCUCUCGGUUGUUUUCUCAUUCUAUCUAACCAUCCUGGGUGUUUACUUUAGUUCUUAUAUUAGCGAAAACUCACAGUCAACUGCAAGAGCCUCAGUGAUGUACAGUGUGGUCACACCCAUGCUGAAUCCAUUUAUCUACAGUCUGAGGAAUAAGGGCAUAAUGGGAGCUCUGAGAAGACUAUUUAGAUAG